AAUAAGUCUAUCCAUGGCCGAUCUCAUCGCUGUCAAGUCUCUAUUUCUAUCCCAAUUAUGAAGCAUCUUCAAUGAUUUUUUGUGGUUUUAAAAAGUGGAAGUGAUAGUGUGGCGGUGCGGUCUCGGAGAUAGGGCUCGUUGGUCGGCAGCACCAUGUUUAGCGGGACGGUGCGUGUGAAGGUGUGCGAGGCGACGGGCCUCAGGCCGACCGACUUUCAGAAAAGGCAUAACAUGACCUUCGGAAAGCCAGACGACCAGCCGAUAGACCCGUAUGUGUCCAUCGACGCUGACGAGCAUCACCUAGACCGGUCGAGCACCAAACCAAAGACGUUUGAUCCCGUGUGGAACGAAACAUUCAUACACGAAGUUCAGAAUGUUACCAGCCUCGGUAUCACAGUGUUUCAUGAUGCAGCAAUACCACCUGAUGAUUUUGUUGCAAACUGCACAAUUCCCUUUGAAGACUUGAUGCACCGCGACAAAGAUGCUACAGACUUUUGGGUAGACUUAGAACCUCAAGGAAAGUUGCAUCUUAAAAUUGAUCUCAAAUGGAAUGCUCAAGCAGUGAGCAACACGGGGGGGCGAGCGGCGCGCGGGCGCGAGUUCCGCGAGGGCGCGGGGUUCGCGCGGCGGCGCGGGGCCAUGCGGCGGCGCGUGCACCAGGUCAACGGGCACAAGUUCAUGGCCACCUUCCUGCGGCAGCCCACCUUCUGCUCGCACUGCCGCGAGUUCAUCUGGGGUAUCGGAAAACAAGGAUAUCAGUGUCAAGUGUGUACCUGUGUGGUACAUAAGCGCUGCCACUCGUCUGUCGUCACCAAGUGCCCGGGCAUGAAGGAGGAGCAAGUGGGCGGCGUGGGCGUGUCGGGCGGGCAGCGCUUCAACGUGAACGUGCCGCACCGCUUCGUCGUGCACUCCUACAAGCGGUUCACGUUCUGCGACCACUGCGGCUCGCUGCUCUACGGGCUCAUCAAGCAGGGCCUGCAGUGCGAGGUGUGUUCGAUGAACGUCCACAAGCGGUGUCAGAAGAAUGUGGCCAACAACUGUGGGAUCAACACCAAGGCGAUGGCGGAGAUCCUCAACGAGAUGGGCAUCUCGCCAGACAAAAACCCUCGUCCGCGCGCCUCUAAGUACUUGAACACUCCGCUCAUGGAGGGUCCUCUAGAACUGUCCUCCGAGGAAGGGAAGGAUUCCGACAAGCAAGAUGACAAAAAUGCGCCGGGCGUGUGGGGCUCGCACUGGGCGGACCUGCAGGACAUAUUCACUUGUUACGAAGGCGCGGAGGGAGAGAUGGAGGGCCAGAAGGUGUCCCUCGACGACUUCAACUUCAUCAAGGUGCUGGGGAAGGGCUCCUUCGGGAAGGUCAUGCUUGCAGAGAAAAAGGGCACCGAUGAGGUGUACGCGGUGAAGGUGCUGAAGAAGGACGCCAUCGUGCAGGACGACGACGUGGAGUGCACGCUGACGGAGCGGCGCGUGCUGGCGCUGGCGGCGCGCCACCCCUUCCUCACGGCGCUGCACUGCGCCUUCCAGACGCCCGAGCGCCUGUUCCUGGUCAUGGAGUACGUGGACGGCGGCGACCUCAUGUUCCAGAUCCAGCGCGCGCGCAAGUUCGACGAGGCCAGGGCGAGGUUCUAUGCGGCGGAAGUGACACUUGCGUUGACCUUCCUACACGCGCACGGUGUUAUUUACCGUGAUCUCAAGCUGGAUAAUAUUCUGCUGGACAGCGAGGGUCACUGCAAGCUGGCUGAUUUCGGCAUGUGCAAGGAGGGCAUCCUGGAUGGAGCCACUACUAAUACCUUCUGCGGAACUCCAGACUAUAUCGCACCUGAGAUCCUGCAAGAGCUGGAAUAUGGUCCUUCAGUGGACUGGUGGGCGCUGGGCGUGCUGUUGUACGAGAUGUUGGCCGGGCAGCCGCCCUUCGAGGCCGACAACGAGGACGAUCUCUUCGAGUCCAUCCUGCACGACGACGUUCUCUACCCUGUUUGGCUGUCGAAGGACGCCGUCUCCAUACUUAAGGGUUUCAUGACGAAGAACCCGGCGCGGCGCCUGGGAGUGCUGGGCGGCGCGGCGGGCAUCCGCCAGCACGCCUUCUUCCGCGACAUGGACUGGGACGCGCUCGCGCAGCGCCGCCUGCGCCCGCCCUUCCGGCCCAAGGUGAAGAGCAAGCGCGAGGCGGCCAACUUCGACACGGAGUUCACGAAGGAGGAACCCUGCCUCACCCCCGUGCCCAGCGACGUGCUGCGGGCCAUCAACCAGGAGGAGUUCAAGGGCUUCUCAUUCAUCAACCAGGACUUCAAUCCGACGCCGGCACCAUGA